AUGGUACACUCAGCCCCUCACUUGGCUGUGGAUCAACUGAGACCAGAGGUGGCACGAGCACAAGUUGACUGGACAUAUUCCAAAACCUCACCCCUGAAACAGUACGGAAACCACCAGGCAAGGAUAAUCUUCUACGAGGACAAGAACUUCCAGGGUCGCUCCUAUGAGUGCACCGUCGACUGUGCCGACCUGCACAUCCAUUUCAGCCGCUGUAACUCCAUACAAGUGGAGAGCGGUAGCUGGAUGGUCUAUGAGCGGCCAAACUACAUGGGCUACCAAUACUUUCUGAGAAGGGGAGAGUAUCCCGACUACCAGCGCUGGAUGGGCUUUAAUGAUUGUUUGAAAUCCUGCCGCAUGAUUCCUCAAAAUCAGGGAGCUCACAAGAUGAGAAUCUACGAGCGCUCUGACUUUGGCGGUCAGAUGUUGGAGUUUGCCGAUGACCUCCCCUCCCUCUAUGAUCGAUUCCAGUACAAUGAUAUCCACUCCUGCAAUGUUAUGGAGGGGUAUUGGCUCUUCUAUGAGCAUCCCAACUACAGAGGCAGGCAGUACCUCCUGAGGCCUGGCGAGUAUAGGAGAUACAGUGACUGGGGAGCCAUCAAUUCAAGGAUUGGUUCAAUCAGACGUGCUGUUGCUCACCCAAACUGACAGGCAAUACAUUGUCAACAUGAAACUGAGCCUAACAUUUAAAUUAAAAAAAGUUAGGUCCACCUGCAAUCCUAUUGUCUUCUAUAGUGUUCACGCAAUAAGUAUAAAAACAUGCUACCCAUUGUCCCUAUAACCUAGUAUACACCAUGAAAGGUUCCAACACAUUUGUUGAAUCGAGGCAUUUAAUAGUUUUACGUCUUAUACUGUCAUUUUGAGAGAAAACUGAUGGUCAUUUUCAU